UAGUUAUUAUCAUCCAUCGCUUUCUUCAAUCGCCGUCCAUCAGAGUUUUCAAGGAAUUUGCUUUAAAGAUCAAUCUUUUCGUAAGAAAACAGCGACAAUUGAUCAACUUUUUCUUGUCCCUUCUUUCAUUACCUUAACUUAUUCGAGAUUGAUUUAUCUUCCGUUUUCGUUCCAUUCCUCGAGACUUCCAGCUGAAAUUGUGAAAUUUCGUUUCUGGGUUUUAUCAGAAAACACUUUGUGACUUAUUGUGUGGUGAUCGAGGAAAAAAAAGAUGGUUGGUGGUGGAAACAGGAGAGAUGAGGGAUCGAUGCCGAUUCAAAACACCAACUUGUUUGCUGCUUUGGAUACUUUGAGGAAGAAGAAGAAGUCAGAUAAGGCUGGUAAGAGCAAAGCUUCCUCUAAGGGACAAGUUUCACAAAAGGAGCCUGAGCCACAGGUCUUCUGGGCACCUACGCCUCUCAAAGCAAAGGCUUGGGCCGAUAUCGAUAGCGAUGAUGAAGAUGACGACUAUUACGCUACCUCUGCUCCACCUCAGUCCGUGUGGAGCACUUCUGAAGCCUCCCAUUCCGAUGCUAAAGACGUUCACGCUGAGGAAAGUGAAAGCGAAGAAGACACUCUUGAUGAAGGAGAUGAUGAUGAUGUGGAGGAAGAGCAUGAACAGGGAACCGAGAUACAGGUUCAUCCAGAAGCAGAGCCCGGGGUGAAUAAGGCUCCUGAAGUUCCAGCACCUCCUAAGGAGGCAGAGAGGCAACUUUCCAAGAAAGAGAGGAAAAAGAAGGAACUUGCUGAGCUUGAGGCUUUGUUAGCAGAUUUUGGAGUUGCACCCAAAGAUGAGAAUGGUCAUAAAGACUCUCAAGAUAAGGAAGAGAAGAAAGAAGUGAAUGGUGAGGGAGAGAAGAAGGAGAACACAACCGGAGAAUCAAAGGCCUCAAAGAAGAAGAAAAAGAAGGAUAAACAGAAAGAGCUAAAAGAAUCUCAGAGUGAAGUGAAGAGCAACUCAGAUGCUGCAAGUGAGUCCGCUGAGCAGGAGGAGUCUUCUUCUUCCAUUGAUGUCAAAGAACGUCUAAAGAAGAUUGCAUCAAUGAAGAAGAAGAAGUCAAGCAAAGAGGUGGAUGGUGCCUCAACAGCCGCCGCAAAGGAAGCAGCUGCGAGGAAGGCAAAGUUGGCCGCCGCGAAGAAAAAAGAAAAGAAAAACUACAAUCAGCAACCUACAAUUCGCCGUGUUGCUGCUCUCUACGACGGAGAAGUAGAAAUGUUGAGAAGAGUGAUCGGAAAUGUCGCCGUCCGGCGUCAGUUAUAUCGAGCGCUAUCCAGUAAAUCCGGUGGAAGUGGAAAGAGCGGCAACGUUUCAGCUGCAGUGGAUUCGAUGCUUCUGCGUUCCCUUAAGGAACACUACCUCGAAGUUUCUAAGAUGACCCCUCCUCCGAAAGUGAGUCCUCCUUCACCAUUUGAGAUUGUGAAAGGGUCGCUUGAAGGAACUACUAGUGCUGUUUUGAAGAAAUCUGUUGGAAAUGAAGAGAUCAGUCUUUUCGUUAUGCGCUUGGCUCACGGAGGUGAUGAAGAAGACGAUGGUGGGAUCAACCAAUUGUUCCUUCAUGUGGCUGUAUCAAAGCCAAAUCAGGCUGAUUCUUUGCAUUUCCUUUGUGGUCUUUACCCUGAUGCUUUGGGUAUUCAUUCUGUUUCCAUGAGGCCUAAACUCGAGGAUUUGGAGAUGUCUGAUGAUCCUACUCAAUACACUGGCCCUUCUUUUGAAGAGCUCGAUGAGAAGAUGAGGGACGUAUUCCAUGGCUUCCUAGAGGAGCGAGGUGUGAACGAGAGUCUCUUCCCGUUUCUCCAGGCAUGGCUCUACGUAAAAGAUCACCGUAACCUACUGCGAUGGUUCAAAUCAGUUGGCACGUUUGUUCAUGAAAACCCAUCUGCAGAAAACACCGCUUAGAAGGACGUAUCUUUUCGGUCUCUGGAUCGGUUUGUGCGGUUAAUUGUUUUAGUUGGGCACUAUGCCGCUUUUAAAUGUUUCAGGAACUGAAUCACUUUUGCUUUCAAACCAUUUUAGAAACAUAUGCAUCCGAGAUUAAUGUUAAGAAAAAGUUCACUCUAGU